CUGUGCCUGUGGUAAUUUUAGAGGUUAUCUGAUCAUUUGAAAUUUUCGAAAAGGAAAAAAAUAAUUAAAUAUUGGAGAACGAUGAUUAAAACAACAGGGUUUUAUGACUUGUGCAUUCAGGAAUCUUUGUUCACCUCGUUGUUAACUAACAACGAUCUCAUUGAGUCUCUAAAAUCACUACACAAUUUUGGAUAUAGAACUAUCGCAGUAAACCAAUCAAUAGAUGAUGGAAAUAUUGAAGUAGGCAAAAAAAAGAAGAAACGAGAACCUCGUGAAACACAGGACAUUGUGCCAGUGCCAUUCAACCUGAAGAGAAUCCAAGAUGUUGUUGCUCAAUUACAACUAGAAAAUUUCGUGGUGCUCAAUAGAUUAACAGUAUUCUUCUCCCAUCAAGAAGCACUUCAUAAAAUUACUAAAUCAACAAACUACAAAAAAUUCCAUAUCAUAGCAGCUGCUCCAACAACCAUGCCUGCAUUCACAUUCACAUGCACUUCCCUUGAAGCAGAUAUUUUUAGUUUCAACCCAGAAAAUAAAUUCAAUAUGAGACUGAAUAGAAAACACUAUAACCUACUAAUUGACAGGGGCUUCCACUUUGAGCUCUUAUACAGUGCUGCUAUACAAGAUUCUACAAAAAGAAAAAAUUUAAUUCAUGCUUCACAUUUGUUCCAUGCAUUUGGCAAAUCCAAGAACAUAAUAUUUUCUAGUGGUGCUGAAAAUUUCAUGUACAUUAGAAGCCCAUAUGACAUAAUAAAUUUAGGUUUUAUAUUUGGUUUGAGUGAAUUACAAUGCAAGAGUGCAGUUUUUCAUUGUCCAAGCAAAGUGGUUCUGAAUUCAGUUGGCAGAAGACAUGGUAAAGCAGUAAUGUUCGUGGAGAAUAUAGAGUCAGAAAAAGAGGAUGUGAUUAUGCUACAAGAAAGUGAGGGAGAAGACAUGGAAACAGACCAACCUAGACAGAAAAAAACCAAAAUAUGAAUCGAAUAAUAUAAUGAAUCUGGAGUUUUUAUUGUGAUAUUCUGAUAUAUUGUUCAGAAAUGUUUGUAUACUUACUGUUGUGUUUAUAUAAAUUACUGUACAUUUGAUUGAUUUUUCGUUUUCUACAUAUAUUUCUUCAUAUAAAUAAAGAAGGAUAUUCACACUU